AUGAGUCCGGUAGCGCCUCAGAGAGCUGGAAGUGAUGAGUGUACAUGUAAAAAAGGAGAUAAUGAGGAACCAGGAUGCGAUAACAAAAAACCUGAGAAGAACGAAUCCGGUGGCAAAAAACCAUGCAGAAAAGAAAAGGGAAAUAUGUGGGACGUGUAUGGCCUAUUGUAUCGGCGGCUUAGUUACAACCGUCGUAAUCAUAGCCAACUUUAUAUAUUUCGUCUGCUGGAAUUCGAUUCCAAUCUUCAAAAGAAAAUUUCGUAG